UUAUGGGGCCAAUGUUGUUUUAAUUGUGUGUGUCCGUCUUGUUAUCAGUCUAAGAGUUCAGUGAGGACUUGUUGACAGGUGAACUGACUAUUGACAUAGCAGUGGGUGUGAUAGGAGGCUGCCCCCAGUGAUUCUAAUGAGCUCAAGUAAACUGAACUGUUUUGUAAGGUUAUCUUUGAACACAAAAUACUUUUUUAGCUUUGUUCAAUUCAAUAAAACUGUUUCGCAGGAUUAAAGGGAUACCUAAAGACAGCUAGAUCUAGCACUGACAAAGACUAUCAUGAGCACAAGGGGCUACAGGCCUGUGCAAGGCUUGCGAGAGAAGAAGGACGAUGACGUCAGCGAUGACGCUGGCAGUGACACGCGCUGUGGGAUUCUGUCAGUGACACCGAAUGCCGUACAGCCGUGUGCCAACAUGGUCUGCUUCACGGCUUUCUACGGCAUUGCUGCCCUUUUGACCUCCACGCUGACUUCCUAUGUCAACUCACAGGUGACCACGCUAGAAAGACAGUUUGGCUUUACAUCCAAACAAACUGGACUCAUCAUGGCAGCCAACGAUAUCGGCUUUUUGAUCUGCGUCCUCUUUGUUAGCUACUCCUCGACCAGGGUUCACAUCCCUAGAUCGCUGGGUAUUGCUACUGUUACGUUUGGGAUCUCAGGAUUAUCAUGUUCACUGCCACACUUUAUAUUCGGAGCUCGGGUUCAUUCGGAGACUUUCGCUAAUGUGACUUCUAACCAAUCACAGAUGUACGGAGACUUCUGUGACGCCAGCAACUCCUCUUCGGCAUUGUGCAACAGGGACCUUCGGAGAUCUGGUUCCUGGAGCUCCGAGCACGUGGCGACCAUCUCCCUGGGGAUCAUUGUUGUCGGCAUGAUGCUGCAAGGUUUCGGCAAGGCUCCGAGGGCGUCCCUUGUUGUGACCUACGUAGACGACAACACGAAGCGAACAAACACUGGGAUUUUUAUGGGAUGUAUCGUUACACUGGGAAUUCUGGGUCCUGCCGUGGCCUACACUAUGGGAGGCCUCUUUAGUAAGAUGUACGUCUCUCUAGAAGCAACGACCUUGACCCCUAAACACCCUAACUGGAUUGGCGCUUGGUGGCUAGGUUAUGUUGUGUUUGGAAUUCUGUCCCUUGUUAUAUCGAUACCGCUCUUCUGGUUCCCACGAAAACUGCCACAGAGGCACAAAGCGACACCUGGCGACAUUGAAACAGUUACCAAAAAUGAUUUCUCGAUCUCUGGACUUCCGGUGGCCUCGAACGCAAGCGGUGAAGGAAUCAACGAAUCUACUAAAUCAAGUAACGGAAGUUUGAUUCACCAUCCCCAUGUCGGAUUCAGUUUCAAAUCACUGCUACUUGAACUUAAAGGUUUCCUGGCAGUCUUAGUUAGACUUUGGACUAAUCCUAUUUACACCUGUACGAUUAUCUCCUCCUGUUUCGUCCUGUUUACAGUCAGCGCUAUAGGUUCUUACACACCAAAAUACAUGGAGAGAAUGUUUAAUUUACCAGCCUACAAAGCCAAUUACAUCAUGGCUGGCAAGUCACUGUGUGCUUCCUGUAUUGGUACAUUUCUGGGCGGUUACCUGACCAAAAGACUCAAGAUGACGGCCAAGAAAGCUCUUCUGUUUAUAAGCGGGGCGGUGUUUCUCUCCUUCGUUUGCACUCUAGCCGCCAUGUUCUUUCAAUGCGAGCAGCCGACAGUACACAACUGGCCAGGGUCCACAGAGUCCUGCUACGAUGACUGCCAUUGUGAGGAAAAUAAAUUCUUCGCCAUUUGUGGUCAAGACGGCAAGACUUACUACUCCCCAUGUACAGCUGGCUGUAAGAAUAUCGUUAAAGAGGUAUACCAAAACUGUACUUGCAUAGUUGGAGGAACAGCUGUAGCUGGCUUCUGCGACUACGGCUGCAAUCAGCUGUACGCGUACGCAAUUUUUUCUGCUCUAGGUAGAGUCACUGGAACAUUAGCAAUAGUGCCAAAAAUCAUUCUUAUAAUCAGAUGUGUUGAAAACAGAGACAAAGGGUUCGCCUUGGGCUUUCAAGCCUUCAUGACGUCUUUGUUCGGUUGGCUUUUAGGGCCGAUUAUUAUUGGUUACGUCAUCGAUGGUAUCUGCACAGUGUGGGACGUGACCUGUGGCACGACGGGGCGCUGCCUUUUGUAUGACAACGACGUCUUCCGGGUCAAGCUGCACAGCUACUGCGCCACCUCUUUGGCCUGUUCGUUUGUGGUUCUAACGAUCGCCUGCAUCUAUGCCAGGUGCACCGGAUGCCUGGACGAGAAAGACCAAAAGAACAAUAAUAACACCAAAACGAGUCCCCUACAUUUGACCAGUGUCAACUCUGACUAUAGCCAGCACAAGGACAUUACAGUCAGCAAUGAAAAUAAUAAGAACGCUGACGGAUUAUGAUUUCAGCAGUAGAGAUUAUCUCAUUUAACAGAAAGAAAGUGUCGAUUAAGGAGGUCCAGACCCAUGCCUUAUCCCUUUUAGAAAGUCACCUUUACGAUUUUUAGAGGUUCAAAAACUGGGCUCAACUUAUUAAAAGGUUUCUUUCCAAUUACAUCAUUUUUCUCUCCUUAUCAAACCGUAAAAUGAAGGUAGGCUACGCCGCUGGAAACGUGCUUUUAUCCCAAAUGUGCUUUACCCUCAUGAUAUCGUGUUUUUUUUUUUAAGUAUCACUGCGCAUGUCAUAAUUGCCUUAAAGUAUUACCGUUUACGGAAGCCUAAAUGUUACUUUUGCUAACUUUAGUCAGUAUAUGUCACUGAACAAAAAAAUUGGUUACAAUUAGGUUUUUAACCAUAUCAAUU